AUGCUGGGCACCACGCCGUCUGCAGGCCAGCCAAGGCCGCAGAUGCUAUCAACACGGUCGAAACAAUCAAAAUCGAAACAACAACAAUACCAAUUACAACAACAAAAACCAUACUCAUUCUUCUCAUCCUACCUCUUCCUCCUCUACCUCCGUCUAUUCUUCUGCCUAUUCUUCUCCUUCGUCACCUUCUUCUCCAUCUCAUUCCCGUCGCCCCACUCGUUGUCACCAGACUGGCAGGGUGAGCCCGCUCACUCUGGCAGCCUGGAAUGUUCGUUCCCUUUUAGACAAUCCGAGGAGCAACCGACCGGAACGGAGGACGGCGUUAGUGGCACGAGAACUGGCGCGCUACAAGGUGGACAUCGCCGCACUCAGCGAGACCCGUUUCUCCGAAAAGGCCAACUGGAGGAGGUGGGUGCCGGUUACACCUUCUUCUGGAGUGGUCGACCCAGGGCAGAGCGACGAGACGCGGGUGUCGCCUUCGCCAUCCGGACCGACAUCGUGGGACGACUACCCUGUUUGCCGCAGGGAAUCAACGACCGCCUGAUGAGUCUCCGCCUGCCGCUCCGGCGAGGAGGCAAGUUCGCCACCAUCAUCAGCGCCUACGCUCCGCCGAUGAGCAGCCCCGACGCCGCCGCAAGAGACAAAUUCUACGAGGACCUGCACGCCCUCUUGGCGAAUGUGUCGAAGGCGGACAAGUUGAUUGUCCUUGGCGACUUCAACGCCCGCGUCGGCACAGACCAUACUGCCUGGAGGGGAGUGCUGGGUCCUCACGGUCUCCGCGGCUCCAACGACAACGGCCUGCUUCUCCUUCGCACCUGA